UAUACAAAAUUAAUUAAUUAUAUUCAUUAUUCAACACAAUUUUCUGAAAAAAUAAAUAUUCGAUUAUUCGAACAUUUUAUGAUUGAUAAGGUGAUAUGAGUCAAAAGUGAUAAAGAAAAAUCGACGACGAGUGACGACACAAUAUCACUGAACCGCGAUAAAGAAAACUAUAACUGGUAUAAUAUUAUACUUUAUACCUAAAUCAUAGUUCAGUGCUGCAGCAGCUGCUGUCUACCAUUUAGCGCUAACUCUAGUGGACAAAAUCGGAAACUUAAAGCGUAUUGCCGUAUUGUUAGAAUUUCAUAAACGGUGUGUUUAAAAAUAAUUUUAUUGUUUUGCUUUGCGAAGACGAGUUUGGGAUUUUACAAGUGUAUAUAUCGACUAUCGUGCAUACCGCAUUACUGCAUUACCGCAUUUGGUUUGAUAUUUCUAAAACUAUACCUACUCUGAGUACACGUGUACACAUGGUACCAUACAUAUAUUUAAAUAUUUUAUGACUACAAUUUGGUUAGGUUAUUAAGUUUGUCCAGUGUCCACGUUAUUGUGUGAAGUGUGUAACAGUCCAGUACGAAAUGUCUCGCUAAAGUCUUGUUUUGUGUAGUGUUUCAUUGUUGUCCGUACGCAGUACGCACUACUACACUAUAUACUGAUGAUUAUGUUUUUUAGAGGAAGCUAAAAAUGUCCAACAACUAUAGUAUAAUCGUAUUUACUGAGGACAAUACAGUUGAAGCAGUUCCUACUAGUUGGGUAAAAAAAAAAGAUGGAACUUGUGCAUGGCCAACUACUAAAAGUAGAAGUGUAAUUAUGAAACUAAUUGAAAAAAAAAGUGUCCCCAAUGAAAUUCAAUUUAAAUAUUACAAAGCAAUAGUGAUGAAAACUUGUGAAUCACUUACUAAUGCCCGAAAAAUGGCAGAAAAGGGAGAGACGAACAUAGACAUAUCGUCUACUGAUGAAAGUGAUAUGAUGAGAAACAAGAAAAAAAAACCAAAACUGUUAUUGGACUGUAGUGAUCCUUCUUUAUCGUGCCCCACGUAUUCUGCUUCUGAUGAUGAUUCUGAAAAUGAUAUGAAGUCAAAAUCGCAUAGAUUAAAGGGAUUAUGGUCACCUCCAAGUAAAAAGAAAUUUAAAAGUCAAUCAGAACCUCAAGAAUCAGCAACAUAUUCUACAUAUUCUGAUGUGAAUAUAAUAAAAUCAUCAGCAGUUCGAAGAAUUUCUUAUAGUGAUUCCGAUAGAAAUGAAAAUAUAGAAAUAACUACAGAAUCAUCCUUACUGAAAGAUAUUGAAAAUGACAGCAGUAUUCAACCCAUAAACAUGGAAUUUGUUGAAUUGGAUAGACUAUUAAAUAAUGAUGAUGAUAUUGAUUAUUCUAAUGAUUACAUCACCAUUGGUGCCAAUGAUAGCAGUGUACUUGAUAAAAAUACAACAGCUGCAGGUGCAGUUACAUCUGUAACACCUUCAGAUAAACAAAGCUCCACUGCUAAACAACAAUUGAUGAUCAUGAAAAAUGGAAAACAAGAAUUGAAAUUUAACACAUCACCGAUAAACCCUGAUACAGAAUUUCAAAAAGAAGUCCUAUAUAAAUUAUCAUUCAUCAAACAUGAACUAAGGAGAAUCAUGAGCAACCAAAUGGAAUUGGGCCAAAGAAUGGAGAAUUUGCAGGAGACUCAAAAUAUCAGUAAUAUGCAAACAGCUGCAGCUAAUAAUAACGAAAACUUAAAAGAUAUAUCUGGUUUACCGUUGAACACUAUCUCAGACUUAAAUGAAUUUAAUCAGAAAUUAUCUGAAGAUGAAACAUUUUGUAAUAAUGUGAUAAAUCAACUAACAUAUAUAGGAGGAAAACAUUUUAAGGCAAUGAUAAAAAGAAUAAUGGCUAAACUUUUUACCGAUGAACUCUUAAAAUUGUUUUCAUAUUCUGGUAAAAAAGGAAAAACCAAAUUUUCUGACCAAAUGAUUUGUCCUAUUAUUUUUGAUGCUGUAAGAAAACAAUCCAAAUUUAAAAAUGUAACUCAGAAUGAAAUGGAAGAAGUAGUUAAGUAUGUCCUUGCCCAAGCUCCUUUCAACAUCAAAAGACUUAAAUGAUUAUUAAAAUUUUUUUUUUUAU